AUGCAAUCCAAAUCAAAAUUACCUGGAAUACGUGUAGAUUCAAUCUUUCGUUUACCUUUAUUUUUACAACCACCAGAAUGGAUUUCAAUGUCUCUUGUAGUUAUAUUUUCUGUCCAAUUUUUAUUAAUGAUAUUUAUUUCAUUUUUUUUACCAAUUCUAUUUCGUUAUAUUUUUAUAAAUAAUGAAAAUAAUUAUGAAAGAGUGAUAGAAUUUACCUAUGAUUCAUGUAAAGCUGGUAAUGAUUACCAUGGAAGUAUUUGUUCAUUUUUGCAAAGUAAUGUAAAUUUAAUUGAGGAUGGAUUUAGUUUUAAGGAAAAUUUACCAUACAAUAUUGGGGUGAAUUUGGUGUUGGCAGAUUCAGAAAAAAAUAGAAAAAUUUCAUCUUUUAUAACAAGUAUAUCUUUAAUAACAAGUGCAAGUAAAGAUAGUAUUUUACUAAUAAAAAAAGUAGUCAAUUUAAAAUGGAGUUGGUUUAAAUCAACUCUAAUUUGGUGGAGAAAUUUUUUUUUCUAUCCAUUAUAUCUUUUUGGAAUUCUUGAUGAUAACAUCAUUUCUGUGGAUAUGUUAUUUACAAAUAAAUUUACUAUUAAUGAUACUAAUUUGAUUGUUGAUAAUUUACUUAUUCAAAUAGAAAGUAGACAAGUAGAGGUUAAUAAUGCCAAAGUUUAUAUCAUUCCUUAUAGAACUUUUUUACAAAGUUUAUUAUUUGAGUUUCCAAUUAUUACUUAUUGUGUUCUACUUUUUAUAUUUUUUUCUUUAUUACUUAUUUUAUUUUCACUUUUCUGGAUAAAAAAAGUAAAUGAUAUUCGAAAUUGUUAUUAUAAAUCAAAGGAAGAUUCCCAAAAGUUAUUUGAUUCUUUGGAUAGUGCAAAUAGUAAUUCAGAAGAAAUUGUACAAUUAAAAUUCAAAAAUAAACAUUUGAAAUCUACUCAUAUUACUAAUGAAAUAAAAACACCGAGUCCUCCAAGUUGUAAGAUGCAUACAUUUUCAGAUUUAGAUUCAAUACCAGGUUGGAAAUCUCAAGAUGAUAUUCAACCAAGACAAACUGAAGAAAAUGAUUUAAGAAAAAGAAAUGUUUCUAAAUUCAAAAUGUAG